GUCAUACCAAUUGAAAUCGAUAGCUACUACAGAGAGAACGCAUUCGUCUGUAAAAACCCAAAAAGUAAAAACGAAAGUAAAAAAACAACUUCAAAAUGAUGAGCCAAACUUUGACCCUUUGCUGCCUUGCAUUGGUGGCAUGUGUAUACGGAAAUACAGUGUCCACCAACGAUACCGCUUGUCCAACUUUUUGCCCCAGUAUCUACAAGCCAGUAUGCGGAACUGAUGGCCAGAACUUCAAGGAGUUUGCUAGCACCUGCAAUCUUUUGUCCCACAACUGUCGCCGCGAAAGGAAUAGCGUGCAGGCCUAUGCUGCCACCGAUGCCGCCUGGUGCAGCUCCGAGUUCGUCGAGAAUCUGCACGAGAAGUUGGGCAACUUCAAGCUGGAGGUCAAGGAAUGCUUCAAGCCCUGCUCGAUGAUCUACCAGCCGGUGUGCAUUACCAAUGGAAAGUAUCGUGCCGAGUUGGCCAACUCCUGCCUGCUGGAGAACUUCAACUGCGCCCUGCAGGUCUCCGGCGCCCAACCCGCUGAGCUCUUCCGUCUUUUGCGCGAAGAGAAAUGCUAGACGGGAUCGGUCGUAAAGUCGGAACAAUGAACAGGACCAUCUUUUGUUCGUCAAAGUCAUCCUUUUGUCUUCGAUGAAAAUACAACCCUACGAAUUUAUGAGACAUGCGUAAACGACUGGUUAAUUGGGGUGAAGAAAGUGAAAUGGAUUUCAGUUGCUACAAUUCGAUAUGGUCAGCAUUGCAAAUUUGUAAUUAGGAAGAGGUUUAAGAAAUUUUAAUAAUAGUCUUAGACAAAUUUUUUCAUUUGCUCAGCAUAGCUAUUUAUUCUUUGUGGAUCUUAUAACUUUUUUCCUUUCGUUUAUCCAAAUUUUAAUGUUUCCUUAAAAAUAUACUAUAGCUUAACCGCAAAUUUCGCGCUUGUGGUUUUCGGGUUUCCUGUCCCAAAACUCUUUUUUAUGUCCGUUUUUGCAACGUGUCUUGUGGUUGAGUUGAUAAUUAUCGGAUCCAACUUUCCUGAAUGGGGCAAGCUUAUCAGUUCCCCUGAUAGCUUUUUGUUAUUAUUGCCCAAUCGUGGUUACCUCUAGAGUAUGAGCCAAAUUUAAUCAAUGACUUAUUGUGAUAUACCCACAUACAAAAUCCUCCUUCCACUGAAGAGAUCCAUCUUACAGGUCCCAUUGACGUCAGCGCCUAACUGGGGAUAUUAACACAGGAUAUUGUCUGCAAUCAACCUUAAUUCUUUUACAUAUAGUCUGGGAGCAUCGAUGUGACAGUUACCGCAAGAUGAUACCAGUUUGGCAUCUACCACUCCUUUCAUCUCCUUUGAUCGGUUUACCAACCCGUCUGGGCAGACCGCUCAUCUGUCAGGGUUCAUUAGGUUCCACUCAUAACACUGCUUCCGUUAUCCUUUGCUCUGAUCUUCGUUCUUCCGUUAUGCCAGUACUUCAAGAGAUCGGGUUCUUCUUUCUGAUCCCCAAGAGUGAUAAAGCAGAAUAGGUGCUAUUAUCAAUUUUUUAUGUCUGUUAAGUCAUCCUCAAGAUGAUGGAUCUAUAUAGUUUGAAUUGCUUCUCAAGGUGAUAAUACACCAAAGGAAGGUCCAACCUGUUAAUUGCAUUAACAACGAAUCCUACUCACAGCCCUAUUAACCAUAAAACACUAAAAUACACUGGAUUUUAUUAUCAGGCUGCUUCCUCGCAAGCCC